CGGACCCUCCCCUUCCAUCACCUCGCGGUCUGGCGCGAACUCGCAGAUGUGGGGUGUCACCUGAAGGUUUGGAAUUUAUUUCGUGGACAUCCAAUAACUCCAACAUACACGGCAAACUUCCCACACCUUUGCCAACAGUGGCCAUUGUCAGCCAGUCAUUUAAUCUGCAGACAGCCCAGCCCAGCCCAGCCCAACCCAAUGGUUAAGGAAGUGACUGGAGGCCAGUAUGGCUGCAAGAGAAAGGGCAAAUGGAGCCUAGCGCGAGAUGAGCCUGAAGAGGUGGUGACAUCGGGCAAGAAAAGCGUAUAGCCCAGAGGCGGCCUCACACACACCUGCUCUUAUUAGCGCCAGCGUUCAUUCACAAGCACCCCAACUUCUUGCGCAGACCUGGGUAUCAAGAGAGCAGCCUAGGGCGCGCCGCAGAGGCGUGUCCUCCGCAGGCCCCGCCCCUCGCGGCGUGCGCACGUCCGGCAGCCCUCGCGCUCGCUGUCUCGACUCCGGUGGCGGCGGCGACUGAGGGAGUUCCUGACGGACACGCGGAGGCUGCUGCGGACAGACAGACCGACGGACGGCCAAGCGGAUCCGAGGCUGAGUUUUUAUUACCAUCCCUACAGAUGAAGAAACUGAGACUCUGAGAGGAUAAGUAGCUGGUCCUAGGCCACCCAGUUGGUAUAUGGAAGAACCAGGGCUGUGCCUGACAAAAACCUAUGCUUUGACUACAUCCCUGUGCUGCCUCUCAGCCUGUGUGUGGCCAGUGGAUUCUCUCUUGGCUGGGCUCAGUUCAGGGCCAGUGGAGUAAGGGCAGCAAGAACCACAUUCGACAACAAUGUUAAUGGAGACCUCAGAUGGGGUAGAAGAGUCGGAGAAAAAGAGCUCCGGGGCCCCAGAAAGAGAAAACCACACCAGGAUGGCUGACCUCUCUGAGCUCCUGAAGGAAGGGACCAAGGAAGCACAUGACCGGGCAGAAAAUACCCAGUUUGUCAAGGACUUCUUGAAAGGCAACAUCAGGAAGGAGUUGUUUAAGCUGGCCACUACUGCACUUUACUUCACAUACUCAGCCCUCGAGGACGAAAUGGACCGCAACAAGGAUCAUCCAGCCUUCGCCCCCUUGUACUUCCCCAUGGAGCUGCACCGGAAGGAGGCACUGACCAAGGACAUGGAGUAUUUCUUUGGUGAGGACUGGGAGGAGCAGGUGCAGUGCUCUGAGGCCACCCGAAAGUAUGUGGAACGGAUCCACUACGUGGGGCAGAAUGAGCCGGAGCUUCUGGUGGCCCAUGCCUAUACCCGCUACAUGGGGGACCUCUCGGGGGGACAGGUGCUUAAGAAGGUGGCACAGCGGGCCCUAAAACUCCCCAGCACGGGGGAGGGGACCCAAUUCUACCUGUUUGAAAAUGUGGACAACGCGCAGCAGUUCAAGCAGUUCUACCGGGCCAGGAUGAACGCCCUGGACCUGAACCUGAAAACCAAAGAGAAGAUCGUGGAGGAGGCCAACAAGGCCUUUGAGUACAACAUGCAGAUAUUCAAUGAACUGGACCAGGCUGGCUCCUUGCUGGCCAAAGAGAUCCUGGCAGAUGGGCUCCCCGUGCACAAUGGGAAAGGAGAUGUUCGUAAAUGCCCCUAUUACGCAGCUAACCAGGACAAAGGCCUCAUCUUUAUCCAGCACACUACUCGAAGCAGACACUGAAGAAUGUAACGGCUCCAAGGAAAGGGUUCAUCUUCCAAUGUGAGGCCAGGAUGGCAAGAGCCCAACUCACCCCCGUCUCCCAUUCAUAGAGGAGCAAGGAUUGGUCAGUCCACCAGUUAACAGGAAAACAAGGAGAGCAGGGAGCUCCAGUCACACAGUCCUGGCCUUGACGGGUGAAUCACGGACCCUCCCUGAGCCCGUCUUCCUGGGGACCUGGGACCAGGACCCCUGCCUCCUGGCUGGCUGCGUGCGGAGCAGUGAUAAUGACAACACCUGGCACCUGCAGACGUGCUGGGCAGGGGAGGCGGCUUUAGGGUGAAAACACAUGUACUGGGGUCACGAAAAUGCUCCUGAAUUAGGCAGCGGUAAUGGCUGCACAUCUCUCUGACAGAACCACUAAACUGCGUGCACACUUUGAAAGGGUGAAUUGUAUGGCUUGUGAAUUACAUCUCAAAAAACCCCAAACCCAUCAGGUCUAGACAGUCCUCUGUAUGUAUGUGCAGAUAUAGAGAGAUGGCGAAGAGACACCCUGACCGAAACCUCGCCUCUGGGAUAUAGAAGCUUGACAGAGAGGCAAGGCUUUCCUUCGUUACGCUUUUAUUUAUUUUUAACGAGAAGGUAUUUGUAUAUUAUUUGCAUAAUUAAAAAUAAAAUUUUGAAAGAAUACUAUUGUAUGAUAGAUCAGUGGGGGGCAGCUUUGAUUCCUGGUGACACAAGGAAAAGGGACAGGGUCUCUGACUGUCAGUGCCCGAUUUCAGCUUCUCUCUCCUCUGGGUCUCCCCAUUUCCCAGAGAGGAGUCCAAAGUACAAGACCUCUGGGCCCUGGGAAGACCUCUGGCAUUCUGCUCUGCUCCCAACUAUUCAUCACUCACCACAGAGGACACUGUUGUUGAUCCAGGGCCAAAGCCAGGCCAAAUGGCAGCCUAGGGCAGCCCAGGCAGGUUCCUGGUGGGAGCUGGGAGGGUCUGGGUCCUUGUCAGCAGGAUAAGAUCCUCACAGGCUACAGCCACUGCUGCAGACUCGAUUCUGCAGCGUCAACUGUCCUGC